AAUUUCAUUGAUCAGUUAGUGAGCAUAACUUUCAGAGAUAAUUCUCCAAACUGCCAUGUAUUUUGUUUAAGGAGAUUUUUAUUUCAAUUCUUACAUUCUAAAGCUUUGUAGAAAGAUAAAAAUGGAGGUUCGAAUCCAUUCAAGAAAGCUGAUAAAGCCAUCGAACCCAACUCCGCAUCACCUCAGAACCAUGAAAUUAACUUGCUUCGAUCAGAUAGCUCCUAAAUCAUAUGGUUCCUUCGUCUACUUCUACCCUUCUCACCGGCAUACCAUCUCCGGUGAAGACGAAAGACUCAAGCAACUGGAAAGAUCUUUGUCGGAGCUACUUACUCUGUUCUACCCUUUAGCCGGUAGAUUCCAUGAAGAUGACAAUUCCAUCGAUUGUAAUGACCAAGGUGCAGAGUUGGUUGAAGCAGAGGUGAAUAGCCAUUUUCAUGUUGUUCUGCGGGACGCUGGCGCUGAUGGUAACCUGAUAAAUCAGUUGGUUCCUUUUGAUGAACUUGCAUGGACAUCGGUAAUGCUGGGGGUUCAGGUUAACAAGUUCAACUGUGGCGGAUUAGCCGUCGGAGUAAGUCUGUCACACAAGCUCGCCGAUGGGUUCACCAUGUUUUCGUUCACGAACGGAUGGGCCAAUUCAUGCAAUUUCGGUUUAAACAGCGUAAAGCGUCUGAGUUUCGACGCUGCCUCUGUUUUGCCUCCCAGAGUUUUGAAUCCCCUAUACGGUGUUCCGUUGCCGGACGAUCAUUCAAACAAAUUAAUCACGAAGAGGUUCGUGUUUUCCGGCCCCGCAAUCACCAAUCUCAAAUCCAAAACAAAAAAUAGCCCUUCCAGAGCGCGGGGGGUGAUGGCUCUGAUCUGGAAGGCUCGAAUCUGCGUGGCUCAAGCAAAACAGGGCAAAUUCAGGGAUUCAGUACUAAUCUUUCCCCUUAACUUCCGAGGGAAAACAGCCAUACACAUACCGGAAAAUGCUGCCGGAAACUUCUUUAAGAAUCUGACUGUCCGGUUCACAGCAAAGGGAAAGAAACCGGAGUUGGAUGAACUGGUGGGUUUGGUGCAGGAUGCCAUGAAGAAUGCUACUGAAAAUUUUGCAAAAACAGAGGCGGCGGAGGAACUGUUUUCAUCCGCAACGGAUUGCUCAAAGGAGAUACACGAAGAAAUAGUAAGAGGGACGGCCAAUAUCUGCGUUUGCUCGAGCUGCUGCGGCUUUCCCUACUACGAAGCGGAUUUUGGUUGGGGAAGGCCGAAGUGGAUUGCAAGCGUGCAUAAGCCGACAGAUUUCGUUAUGAUGAUGGACGACAGUUGCGGCAGGGGAAUUGAGGCGUGGGUGACGUUGGAACCGGACGAUAUGUUUCGGUUCCGACAGGAUCCGGACAUUAUCGCCUUUUCUUCCGUUGCAAGGUCUGAGCUGUGAAUCCAGCUGCAAACUGAAGAAGCCAGUUAUUUGGAAGUACGUUUUUUUGAAAUGAAGUUAAAUUAUUAUU